CUGUACUUCCCUCCUCAGUCGUCACGCGAGGUUUUCAUUAAAAGAAAGGCGGCCGUGACUGCGGCCCUACCGGCGUAUACGAUUCUCGGUUGUUUUUAUUGUAAACACGAACGCGGCAAAUUUAAAUCGAAGAAAAACAUAGAUUCUUUUGAUUGUGUUUUUAUAGAUGGUUAUUCGCGAAAUAUACUGUGCUCAAAAAUGAAUUUAUUCAAGGCUGAUCGUAGUUUGGUAUAACAUAUUACUAAUGAUUAUCAAGAAAAAAUAUUAGAAUGGAAAUUGUUAAUACAUUUGGAAAUUUUCUUUCAAGAUGGGUUUGGAUGUUUUCUCUUGGUUUUGGAAUAGUAGGUAUACUAGGGCUAGGAGAUGUAUCAGUCCUUGUACCAAGAGCAGUACGAACCUACGAUACAGUAACUUUAAGAUGUGACUACGACUUAGAAGGAGAUCUGCUCUACUCGAUAAAAUGGUACAAAGGACCUAACGAAUUUUUCAGAUACAUUCCCAAAGAAACGCCCAGUAUGAUGGUCUUUUCGAUACCUGGUAUAAAUGUUGAUUUAAGCAAGAGCAAUGCAAAUGAACUAAUACUCAGAGAUGUUCAACCCAAAAUUAGUGGUCGGUACAAAUGCGAAGUCACAUCAGAUGCUCCCAAUUUUUAUACUAAGAUGGCGGCUGGUAUGAUGUACGUGAUAGAUGUUCCUCAUGAGAAUCCCAUCCUGCACAUACAGAAAGAAGUAGCAGAUUCAGCUGUUUUAGUAACAGCUAAUUGUAGCGCACCCCCGUCAUUUCCACCAAUGAAUAUAACUUGGUACAUAAAUGGAUUAAAGGUUGACGAAAAUGGUCGAAAAGUAAUUCCUUUGGAAAAUAAUUCUAUUGUAAAAUCAUCUUCCCACUAUGAACAUCGCCAAUAUAUGACAGUGUCUUAUCUAUCGAAGGAAUUAAACGAAAAUGUUUUUCAGGGCGGUGUGAUAAAAGUACAGUGUGUGAGCUGGUUGUUUCAUCUCUACCGAAGUGAGGACGUGAGAUAUAUCGACGAUGACAGACCAAAGCCGUGGCCGUCAUCUGUCAUUGGAGUUACACAAACUUCUGGAGGUUCGAUGAAUAGCUAUUACAACAACAUACUCAUGGUGAUGCUCUACUUUGGAUACUUCAUUGUAAGAUGACUGAA